AUGCAUGCUCCUACCCCAUCCUUACCCCAUGAAUUCCCUCAUGCCACCCUCCCACCACCAUCUGUGACCCCUGCAGCCACUCAAGAACCCUCUGCCAGACCGUCCAACCUUCCUAUUGCACGCUCCAAGGUGAACAGGAAGGGUAAGGCUCGUGCUUCUGAAGAUAUUGACAUGCUUGCGAAUUCUCGCCAUCCAUCACAACUUCCACCAGUCUUCACACAAUGUUAUGCCGAACAAGAGCUGAUUCUUCAGCAGAAGAAAGCGCGAGAUGCUGAACAGUGUGACCUUGUACGAUGUGUGGCCAACACCAUCCAUGCCUAUGGCUGGUCUAAGGAUGGUGAUGAGGCUGAGAUGUUUGAGGUUCAGGAUGGGUUUACCUAUCCCCAGCUCCAGAUGAAUGCUGCCAUCAUUUCUGCUCUAGGCUUGACUACUGGCGAGGAUGGCUCCUCCAUGCUGCAGUACUAUAACGCAGCAAGAAGCAGAUGGGUCAAUAUUUUCCAGGGCCAUGUCAUCACUCUCAAUGCACAUCAUAUCUUCAUAUGCAAUGUUGGUGUCUCUGUCAUGCCCAACUUCGAUACCAUCUUUCAUGGCUGUACUGCCAGUGAAGCUGGUGCCCCAAACAUCCGAACCAAUCUCCAAGCUGAGCAUGCAUCUGUACGCCAUGCCAAUAACCGUGAUCUAUUAAAGCUGGCAUCCUCCAAGAAACUAGUGUCAGUAAUCAAGGUCUCUAGCAGUUUGGAUUACUCAGACGAAGUCAUUGCCCCCGGCAAACGCAAGACUGCCGCCUGCCAUCAGGACCAGCAUGGUCCUACCAACUGUAUACAUACUGAUGUUGAAGGAUCAUCACACCCUCCUGCCAUUAAGGUGGAACACUCACUGCGCACCAUCGACCUUACUUUAGACGCAUCUGAUGAUAGCCUUCUCGAGACUGGUGGCGUGUUCUGUCCCUCCAUUGUGAAAGCUGAAUGA